AUGGACGAGGAGCGGGCUCACACAUAUUCGGAUCUUAAGGACGCUUUGCUCACAAAAUUUGACAUAUCCCCAGAGACCUACAGACAGAAGUUCCGGACGGUGACAAUUCCUGCUGGAGAGAACCCUGCGGAGACGUACCACCGCCUCAAGGGGCUCUACCGCCGAUGGAUCCGCCCGGAGCAGCACACAAAGGAGCAGAUCGGAGAGCAGAUCAUCCUGGAGCAGCUUCUGCGUGUUUUCCCUGCAGAUAUCCGCACCUGGGUGAAGGAGCACGAGCCGACAGAGGGCCUAGCGGCGGCUAAACUAGCGCAGCAGUACCUCAACGCUCGGAGAGGAGGCCCGGCGCCUUACCAAGGUGGUCCCGGACGUCAGACUCCAGCACAGACCAGCUCUGCCAGAGUCCACACACAGCAGUCUGCAGACUCCAACCAUGCAGCCAGCCAGCGCGGUCCCGGAAGCAGUCUGGCAAACCCUCCUCCCACAUGUGAGCCCCAUCGAAAGCACCACGCGCAGCAGGCGAAACCCGGUCUGGAAGGCAACGUCAUUACUCGGACCACAGACUCACCGGAGCAGAGCGCGGAGUGGCGUUGUCCGAGGUAG